UGGAAUUUCUGGAUUUAAGUUAUAACUUCCUCAAUAAUAGCAUUUUAUCAUCUGUUGCUAAGCUGUCAUCAUUAAAAACUCUUAUAUUAGGAAGUAAUAUACUGAAAGGAGCCAUUGAUCUUCAAGGAUUAAAUUAUUUGACCAAGUUGGAUAUGUCCGGAAAUGAGAUUGACAAAUUUGUGUUGUCCAAUGGAUUACAUAAUUUGAGCAAAUCGGAGGAGUUGUACAUGUCCAGAAAUGAGAUCGACAAAAUUGUGCUGUCCAAUGAUUUCAACAGCUUGGAGAUUUUGGAUUUAAGUGAAAACAAGCUCAAUAAUGCCGCCUUAUCAUCUCUUGCUAAUCUAUUGUCAUUAAAAUUUCUUUAUCUGUCUAGUAAUAGACUAAAAGGAGUUAUUCAUCUUCGAGGUAAACUUGCUUCUCACUUUUCUCUCCAGUUUAUGAUUGAUAACAUCUUUGAUAUAAUUACAGUCUGGUCAUUAAAUCGUAGUCAAUGACUUAUCAUAUAAUCAUACUAAUAUAUGAAGUAAUCCUUUGAGUGAAGACAUCAUGGUUGGACCCGAUUAGAUACGCGUGAUUCAUAUAGUGUAUAAAUAUGGGGUUAACCAUAUUCUAUAUGAGAAACCAUAUUGAUUAUGUGUUAUUUGUAU